UAUUUCCUUCUUUUUUUGUCGUGGGCUGCGCCUCCGAGUCAGCUAUAAAUUGGCUCUCUUUUCUAGUUUCCUUUCUACACCACAGCGAUGCACAAGGCCCUAAAUCUCCCUGCUGUUCCUUCUGCUCUCAAGGCCAUCGCUCCCUACCUUCAGCGCGCUGAUGAGCUGUACCGGAAGGAACCGAUCGUUGCUUACUGGUGUCUGUACUACGCGACUCAGACGGGCAUCGCAGCCAAGGUUACUAGGGACGUCGCGGCACGCGACUUCCUAUCACAGUUGAUUGGUACUUUGGAGAGAUUAAAGGCGGAGAUUGGGCCCAACGAUGCAGUCGAUUUGGAGGCCGCGAGCGCAGCUUAUGUGGAGAACUUUGCAUUGAAGGUUUUCACAGCUGCCGAUAACGAAGACAGGAAAGGGGGGAGCACGAGGGCAACGGCGAAGAAGUUUCUUGCUGCAGCCAAUUUCUUGGAAGUUCUCAAAACCUUCCCUCAGACAGAAAUUUCGGAACCAGUUGAAGACAAAGUACGCUAUGCAAAGUGGAAGGCUGCCGAGAUCGCAAAAGCAUUCCGUGAGGGCAGAAAACCCACACCUGGACCGGCAGGAGGUGAAGCCCAACCGUCGCCCGAGCUUGAAUUGCCGUCAGCACCACCACUCGAAACCACUCCUACAAAUACUUCAUUUUCCUCAGGCUCGACGUUGACCGCUGAGCCUUCCGCGUCUUCAUCAUCCCCCAAACCAAGUUCUCCGAAACGAUACUCACCACCUGCAAUCAAACGACCGUCACCUCCACCAAUUCUGGAUGACCUCCCUCUUCCUCCGCAACUUACACAUCCACGAGCACAUUUCGGCCUUGGGGAUCCCUCAGAUCUAUCUUCGGGAAACUGGAGUACAGCUGCCACCCCUGGCAAUACUACUGUUUCGGGGACACCUUUGGAGGACGUUAGUAAUACUGGUUCGCCUUUGACCUCGUUCCCGGCCCUUGGUCAGUCUUGGGAUCACCAGCAACUAUCAACUUCGGAUCAGGCUCCGUCACCGAAGCACGCUCGAAGUGGCACCAAUGAUAGCAAUACAACAGAAAACGGGCGCGGUGCUUCUGGGCGACCUCGACGCGACAGCAGUUCUCCAAAGAGAGUCCACUUCGAGUCAUCACGACCACAGGAUUCAAAUCGUGCAUCGUCGCCUCCUGCAUCAUUUGACCCUGCAUUGCUAGGUUAUCCUUCUGCCCCUGCCCCACACUCGGAGAUCCAUCAUGCUCAUCCAAACUCUCAUUUAUCCUUCCAACCUGUCCUUCCACCCCCACCAUCUGCACCAACAUUUGUUCAUCACAAUCCUCCUCCUCCUCCACCUCAGGUUCCAGCUCCUGCGAUUCCAGCACCAGAAGUUGAACUUACUCCGGCUGUUAUUGCGAAAGCACAGAAGCACUGUCGGUUCGCCAUCAGCUCGCUGGAUUACGAGGAUGCAGCCCAAGCGCGCAAGGAGCUGCGGGCUGCGCUCGCAACACUCGGCGGUUAAACGUCAAACAGCUGGCUGACGUUGGUAUACCGGUCUUUUUUCUUCCUUGUUAAAUUUUCCACUUAUGGGUAUGGAUCUAAGUUUUUCAUGUCGUAUAUUCGGGAUUGUACAAAUACUCUAGUCCAAUAAGAACCUAAACAUGCCUACACCUA